AUGGAGUCUAAGGAGGAUAUGGAGAUAGAUACAUGGGAGGGGAAUGAUGACUUAGAGGAUGGGGAUCAGGAAAUAGAACGUGGUACUUCCUUAGAACAUAACAUGAAGUAUGUCUUGGAGGAGCAGAAAAAAGAGAAUCCCCUUCUUAGGUAUGUUAAAGAAAUAUUUGUUAAAAGGAAGAAGGUUGUGCAUGAUUAUGAAGAGUCAGAUGCUGAGGAGGCUGGUGAUAACCAUAAUUUGAAAGGGGAAAAUUUUAUGGGUGAAGGGGAGAAUUUGAUGGGUGAAGGGGAAGGAAGCAGCUCUAGUGAAGUAUGUGUCUUCAACGUCAAAUCCAGUAGCGAAAACACAGUUGGGUUUGACGUUCCUAGGCAUGAAGCCAAAAUUGUAAUCUCUCGAGGGCCGUAUCCACCAAGCCAAAAUAUACUGAAGCCCAAUGUCACAGCACCUCUUGUUGCAAACAUCUUAGCCGCGUGGCUUCCAAAUACAACUAAUGGAGACAGCUAUGCCAUUGAAUCUGGCUCUUCCAUUUCAUCUCCCCAUGUGGUUCGGCUGGUGUUUCUGAUGAAAGCCGUUCAUAGCGAGUGGAGUCCUGCUAUUAUCAAGUCUGCCCUAAGGACCACUUCUUACACUGUCGACAAUUCCCACAACGCCAUUAUCGCCGUCGGUUUCAACGGCAGCGCCCCAACGCCAUUUGAUAUGGGUGUAGGCCAUGUCGAUCCUAAUAAAGCCGUUGAUCCUGGAAUUGUCUAUGAAAUCGGCGUGGAAGACUAUGUCAAUUAUCUGUGCACUAUCAACUACACCACCCAGCAAAUUCAAUCAAUUACCGGAACACCUGCUUAA